AUGCACGGACCUUUCUACCCUCCAAGGGUAGAAACUAUCGUCAACGCAGUAAGAUAUGGCACGCACCUUAAUGAAGAACAAUUGCAGAAAUCACACGAGUUGGUGGCGGAAUUCGCUGAUGUAUUUGUGUUGUCCAUCCGGGAGGUAAAACCAGUGGACUUCAUUAAAUUCUGCCUGCAGAUUCCUCGAGACACAACAUUCUUGAAGAGGGUACAUCAACGGCCGUUAACAAAACCGCAACGUGAAUAUUUGUUUCUGGUCCUAGACGACAUGAGGCGCGCGGGAAUCAUGUGCUUCAUACCCUCAGAUGAAGUGAAAGCAGUAGCGUCUACAGUACUGGUACAAAAGGCUCAC